UCGAGACUUUUGAGUUGCCCCGCAACCCAACCUGUCGGGAUACCCGACUUAUUAACCUUAAAUUCCAAACAAGCCCCCCUGUCGCUGGUGUUUUAUCUGACAGCCCGCUCUCUCUGCCGCAGACGUCUCCAGUCUGACAGUUGGUGCCCCGCCAAUAUAUUCUGCUACCCCGCCACCGGAUUGUGCGGGCCGCGUCUUUUCACCUGCCUUCCGGAGUCGCUCAUCUCAGCAGAAGCGCACCAUGGCGUCCAACUCCGGCCGACGACUCAAUAUCGACAACAUCAACCCGCACGUCCGGGCUGCCAAGUACGCCGUGCGUGGUGAGCUGGCCGUCAAGUCGGAGGAGUACCGUGCCGCGCUGCUGAAUGGCCCGGCCGCCGGCUUGCCCUUCAAGGAGGUCAUCUCGGCCAACAUUGGUAACCCUCAGCAGCUGGACCAGAAGCCCAUCACCUUUUUCCGCCAGGUCCUGAGCAUCCUCGAGAAUCCAGCCCUGCUCGAGAAGGCCGAUGUGUUAGUGAACCACCUGGGCUACAAGCCGGACGUUCUGGAGCGGGCCAAGAGGUUGCUGGCUCAGGUAGGCUCCGUAGGUGCCUACAGUGCCAGCAACGGCGUCCCUGCCAUCAGGCAGAGCAUCGCCGAGUUCCUCGAGAGACGUGAUGGCUUCCCUGCUAACCAGGCCGACAUCUACCUCUCUGCCGGUGCCUCCUCCGGUGUUAACACCCUGUUGCACGUUAUCUGCGCUGGGGAGAAGUCGGGCAUUCUGGUCCCCAUCCCGCAGUACCCCCUGUACACGGCCUCGCUCUCCGUCCUGAACGCCGCUUGUGUACCGUACUACCUGGACGAGUCCAAGAACUGGGGCACCGACCUGGGCACUAUCAAGGAGGCCUACGAGAAAGCCAAGGCCGAGGGUGUCGAUGUGCGCGCCAUCGUCAUCAUCAACCCCGGCAACCCCACUGGCGCCUCCCUGUCCGAGGAGGAUAUCCGCGCCGUGAUCGACUUCGCGCGGCAGCAGCGCCUGGUCGUCCUCGCCGAUGAGGUCUACCAGACCAACGUCUUCAUCGGCGAGUUCAUCAGCUUCAAGAGGAUGCUGCGCCAGAUGCAGAAGGAGAAGCCCGGCGUGUACGACGACGUCGAGCUCGCCUCGCUCCACUCCGUGUCCAAGGGCAUGGUCGGCGAGUGCGGCCACCGCGGCGGCUACUUCGAGCUCGUCGGCUUCGACCCGCAGGUCCAGGCCGAGAUCUACAAGUUCGUCUCCAUCAUGCUCUGCGCCCCCGUCAUCGGCCAGUGCCUCGUCGAGCUCAUGGUCAACCCGCCCCGCCCCGGCGAGCCGUCCUACGAGCUCUACCAGCAAGAGUACGACGCCAUCUUCAACGGCCUGCGCGAGCGCGCCACCGCCCUGCACAAGGCAUUCGAGCAGAUGGAGGGCGUCGAGUGCGGCGUGCCCCAGGGCUCCAUGUACCUCUUCCCCACCAUCAAGCUGCCCCCGAAGGCGGCCGAGGCAGCCGCCGCCGAGGGCCGCACCCCCGACGAGUUCUAUUGCAUGCGCCUGCUCGAGGCCACGGGCGUGUGUGUGGUGCCGGGCUCCGGGUUCGGCCAGAAGGAGGGGACGCUGCAUUUCCGCACCACCUUCCUCGCGCCCGGGACCGAGUGGGUGGGCAGCAUUGUCAAGUUCCACAAGGAGUUCAUGGACAAGUACCGCUGAGCGUGGGUGGCAUGCUGAGUGGGUACCGGAC